AUGCCUUCAGAAGGCACCGGUGGGUGGUGGAAGGCAUACCGAUGCGUGUGGAGCGCGAAGAGUGCAUGCUACCUCUACCACGCGUGUGGCGACCCCCUGCGUGGUGGCCUGCGAGGAGCACCGGAGGGAGCGCCCACGCUGCCGCCCGAAGGUGGGCCGGCAGACACGCUGCAAGCAGUGCCUCGAGAGUUCCAGUCUUUUCUGACUGGCUGGACCGGCGAGUUUGCACGGCUUGUGUUUGAGCAUUGCCACCACAAGUAUUCGGAGAGCAUUCCAUGCGGCUUGCUCUUGCACAUGGCUCGGCAGAGCCGGGAGUUGUUCCUCGGCGAAAAGACGGUGCAGCGGAUCCAGACCCCCCGGGAUGGGAAACUGGUGAUCUUUGGAGACACCCAUGGCCAUCUCAAGGACUUGCUUCAUGUUUGGCUGCGGGAAGGCUUGCCGACUGCCUCAAAAACCCAUUAUCUCUUCAAUGGUGACAUCUGCGACAGAGGAGACGCCGCAGAUCGUGGUGGCAUGGAGGCAGUUCAGAUAUGGGCCUGUGUCCUUAGCCACAAGCUCGCCUUUCCUGGAGCUGUGCAUAUGAACCGCGGCAACCACGAAGAUCACCACUACUCUUUGCACUACGGUGCCAAGGGUUUCUAUGGUGAGCUCGAUCGCAGGUACACCGCCGACGAGGCAAAGGCUCUCAAGGCAGCGUUCAAGGACCUAUGUGACUGCCUUCCGCUGAUGACCGUGGUCGACGAGGCCAUGCUGGUCGUGCACGGGGGCCUUCCGCGCUUCCGGCAAUCCUCGGCCAAUGCUGCCAGCCUCGAUGAGAUCGAGCAGAUCCGACGGCCUCUGCAGGUUCAGACUCAUGCCGAGAACCGCCAGGACCAGAUCAUCACGGAUCUGUUAUGGUCUGAUCCCCAAGCAGAGCCAGGCAUCGGGCCGAGCAGCCGUGGCAAAAGCCUCAUCAACUACGGCCCAGACGUAACAGCGGAAUUCUUGGCGGCUCACAAGCUAAGCCUCCUGGUGCGGUCGCACGAAGUCGCCGACAGCGGCUGCGAGUGGUGGCAUCCCUUGGCAUCCCAGGGCUCCAAAGGCUCGGGAGGAAAGCUUGAGCUCCUCUCUUCUGAGCAGAAGGGCCUCACUGUCACCAUCUUCUCUGCAAGUGACUACUGUGGACACUACGACACCAAUCUGGGCGGCACGAUCGUGUUGAAGGGUUCGGCGAAGAGUUUUAAGGUUGUGAGCCACAAGGCUUCGGAUGCUGCAGCAACUCUAACAUCAAAAGUUGUUACAGAGAAAAUUAAUGGCUCUGUCCUGGAGAUUCUGAGUGUUAUUGUCCAAAACAAAGGGCAGCUGCUUACUGAGUUUCGGGCCGUUGAUGGCGAUUCACGGCGAAUGCUCUCCAAAGAGGAGUUCGCCGUCUGCUGCAGCCGAGUUGUGCCAGAAUUGCAGUGGCAGGAGCUCUGCACAGAAUACUCGCCUCACCUGCUUCUCCACAACGGUUCCAUCUGCUACACGCGGCUUCUUGCCAAGUAUUGUCUGGUCUUUCGCAGCAGGGGCCAAGACAAAAUGAGGACGGCCUUUGGAAACUGCUUAUUUGGGUCCUUGCUACGCAUGGAGCCGUCCAUGCGCGAGCUGCAGGAGAGACCGGUAGACAUGACGUCGGAAGCGUUCCUAACUUUCCUUGCCGACAGUGGUUGUUGCAUUUCGGUGAGGCUGUUGCGAAUGUUGUACAGGUCCCUGGCCUGCGGCGAAGAUAUGCUUCAGAACUUUGUGGGGGCAUUUUCUGUCGCGUUCAGGCCGAAGCACGCCACGUCGACAGAGGUUGCCAGCAGAUUGGGUACCGUGUGUCGCGACCUCCUCGGAGCCCAUCCAGAGAAGCCUCUCGCGACCCUGCUUUUGGACUUCUUUCAACAAGCAGAUGACAAGAAGUCUGGCUUCGUCGAGGUGCAAGAUGUGGCGUCUUUGCUUCGAGGGCUACCGAGCCUGAAAAAGGCCGCCGAGAAUGAAGCGCAGCUUCUGGCCGAGUACAUGGACAACAGCGGCAGCGGCAAGAUCAGAUACGUUGAGCUCGUGAAGUGCCUUUCCAUAGAGACCCGCGGAGCGGCUAAGCCUGGGCAGCUGUCACCAGAAGUUCUGCUGGAUGACUGGCUCGAGGCCACGUGCAGCAUGCUGGUUUUCGAGUAUGGCUUGGGGACUCUGGCAGGUCUUUUUCAGCAGGUGCUGCCACCAGGGGAAACUCGCUGCAGUCCCAAAGUGUUCAAGCAAGUCCUGCAAGCCUUGCCGGAGAAUCCGUAUGGCCCAAGUCUCAGCCACCAGCAAUUGGAGAGCCUUGUGGUCAGUCUGGAAUUGGAUGAUGAGGGGCUCUUCAACUACCAGGACUACCUCUCGGGCUUUCAGAUCAUAGACGCAGAGCGUCAGCGAUGCAAGUCCUCGCUCUUUCGCUCGGAGGUUCAGGUCUUUGCGUGGUGGCUUGCGCUGCAGUCUGCUGCUGUCGCGACUUCGUCCGUCGAAGCCGCUGCGCCAUGGAGCCUGGCGGAGACCAGAGAGGAGAACGCUGCUGUGCCCCCUGCGAUGCCACUGAAGCAAUGCAUGCUCGAAGCCAACAUAGCACUCCAAAGCCAAGGCCACGGAGAAAUGUUUGUGAACUUGACACGGUGGUCGGUGUCCACGAGGCCGACCUCUGCCACGCCCUCCCUGGCAGCGGCCCAGUCCAGGCCCCCAUCCGCAAGCAAAGAGGCAUCUGAGUCUGCAUCAAGUCCCAUGAGCAGCGGCGCGGAGCCGCGGAACUUCGCACAGAAGAUUCCUGAAAUGCCGCAGGCCCUGUCUCAGGAAUUGCAGAUUGAGGAAGACUACAGCGAGGAUACUGCGUUGGAGGAGGCCAUCGAGCGGAUGCGUGCUGGCAGGUCCUUCACUGCCCGCAGUGCUCGCAGCACCAGGACUCCCAGCCCGGCCGCCCAGGCCCCGGCCCCCGCCGGCCCGGCCACGGCUGAUGCGAGUGCUAGGACGACAGAGAGAAGGGAACCUUGCGAACCUCGCGAAGCCGAGACAUCGAGCGGGCCGAGCAGGAAUGGCCCCAGCACAGCCACAGCUAGACCACAGCGGCCGGGCAGUGGUCAAACUCGGCCGAGGUCUGCAGAACAAAAGCUUCGGAUGGGACCCAAGGCUCCGCAGACAGGCCGAGGCACAUCCAGUUGCUUCGAAGCUCGCUCCAAGCGUCCUCGCUCGGUAGGUGGGAUUCGAUGCGAGCAGGUCAUCUCCCGGCAUCUGCCAGAACGCGAGGUGCAGUCGAGGAUGAUCGCCGUGUUGGCCAGGCAGCUGGAGCGCUUGCGCGACUGCAUUCCAGACUUCGCUCUGCAAUGGCAAGCGGUGGAGAUACAUUUGCAGAAUCUCGAAGAGAAGCUGCAAGCCAAAAGACGAGAGGUGCUGGCUUGGGAGGAGGACACUCGGAUGAUGCAAGAAACGCAGGAUCAACAGUACCAGCUUCUCCUGCGAGGCCUUCAGCGGAAGGUCGAUGACGCCAGAAGCUCUUGGCUCAAGCAGCAGCGAAAAAUGGAAGACUCUGCUCGAGAGGAAUACGAGCUGCACAAGGCACUCGUUGCGAAGGACGAAGAGGCCAAAUCCUUGAAAGAUGUUCUGAAGAAAACAUGGGAGCAGAUGGAAGAUGUCCAGCAGAUGGUGCUUCAAAAUCAGUCCGUCCUAGAAGCUCGUCUUCAAGGAAAUUGGUCCGUCGAUGACCCAGCGGAAGACCCCACCGCCGCUUCUGAACGGCGACACAUGGAUGCAGAAUUGCAGAGGCAGGUUGAGGUUCGCGGGCAGCUGAAGUUGUGCAACGCUCAGCUCGAAGAAGCCGACAGGGCGAUGUCAGAACAGCAUGCCUAUGCAGCACGCUUGGAGGAGUUCAUCCGGAAAAUUACCGGCGGAGGGGGUCGUUAUGUUUUGCCUACCGCUUUAAAGCGCGAGGGGCAACGACAUGUGGCGAUGGCCUCGAAAAUGAGAGCAAGAGCUGAGCAGGAAGCCCGGCGCCGGGAGAAUCUUGAGGCCGCCCUCAUCGAAAGUGCUCCGAAUCCACGUUGCCUGCGGGAGCUUGCCGCAGAGCCUGCUGAAGAAAGGGCCGAGCCCGCAGAUCAAGGCCUCACCCGAGUCCUGAUCACGGGCUAUCAGGCUCCGAUCCGCCGUCUGGACCCCUUUGCUUUCCGGAAGACCAAACCCAAGGGGAACAAUGUGCAGGCCAACUACGACAAGGUAACAUCUUCCGGAGAAGACCAGGUGGAUCGCCUGGUUCGCGCCUACGGCUCGCUGGCCGCUGAAAUUGAUCCAGAGGAUCGUCUGAGGCUGCUGCAGCCUAGAGAGAGGAAGGACUCGAAGCCUCAGUCCAUAGCGAAGGGUGCUCGAAGCUUGGAAGUAGAGCAUGGAGAAGCUCCUUCCCGCCAGCCGCCCAGACCGCAGCCGGAGCCGACGUCCUCCACACCCUCCAGGCCCUCUGCAUGGAGGGUCAGGGCCGAAGGCCAACACACGGCGUCCAAAGUACCUCAGGCAGCAUCCCAGGCCCUCCAGCCGCUCCAGCCUCGAGCAACAGAGGAGGCCACAGCCGAGGAUCGGAUUCCACCCCAAGUGCUGGGCAGGAGGGAGGCAGCGGCCACGAACCUGGACACUGUGUCGGAAAUCCUUCGGCACAUUGAGCUUCCAGCCCCAGCCCCGCCUCCCACAGCAGCCCCAUCGGUGAAGCCGACAGCCCCUCCGCCUGAAACCCUGGAAAGCGACGAAUCAGCCGUGGAAAGCGACGAAGCUACAGCUGUGCGGUUGCGGGAGGACAAGUUUGAUGCACUGGAUGCCGAGCUAAACGAACAGCUAAACCAGUCUGUUGGUUUGGCCCUCGAGUCAAGGACACUGCACAAGUCAGUCGCUGGGCUGCCCAGAAGCGGUAGCCAUGGAACCCCAACAGGUUCAAAAAAGUCGAAGGCCAAAGGCCGCAGCAAAAAAGCUGCAGCACCAGAAGCGACCCGAAGCUGA